AUGAAAAAUAACAGAUAAAAUUUUAUCGAUUUGAUCAUCCAUCUUCUCGAUUUGGAAGAACAAAUAGAAAACACCAAGAUCCACAUGACUUCAAAUGAAUACUUCACUCUCUACAGAGCUUUCCAAAUAAUUGACGAACACAACACAAAUUAAAUAACCCCAGAAGCAAUUUCAAAAUUAAUUUCUAAACCUGCAGAAUAAUGCACCCUACUUAUUGAGUAUUACUCUGAAUUCAAGGAUAACAAGUUAUCCUUUGCUAACUUCAUGAAUUUGUGUUUGCCAAGAAGUAAACCCCAAUUAAGAGCACAAUUGACAUAAAAGCUCUAGAAAACGAUAGGUUCACCUGAGGAGUAAGAACUAAUAAAGGAACACUUAUCUAUUCUGAUAGCAAAUGAAAUCCAUUUCUUGCAGUAGAUUAAGAAAUAUCCGAUUGAAAUAGAGGGGUUGUUAGGGUACCCAUUCAAACAGAAAGAUCUAAAUUAAUUAGUAAGUGAUUUUGGAUAUAAAAUAAAUACAGAAGCAAUUUGGAAGAGAUUGGAUUUCGAUUAGAAUGGGGUUGUCACAUAUGAGGAUAUGAAGAAAUUGUUUAGGGAGUGUGAAUAAGGUAUGAAUGAAAAUGAAGAGGCAAAGGAUAAAUCAAGAAAUAAGAAUACAAAAUUGGGGUGGAUAAACAAUAAAGUAUGUCCGUAUCAUUCAAAGAGUAUUCAAAAUUUCUAUGAAUUUGAGAAAUAAAAAACAAAUAGAUAAAAUGAAUGGAAAUAGAUAAGAAGUUUUUUAUAUUUGAUAAAGGAACACAGUUAGAUCUAUUUGUAGAUAGAUCAAUUGUUGGAGAAAUUAAAUAAAUAUGAUACUUUGAGAUUGUUUGAAUUGUUAAGCAUCAACGAUAGAUUGGAAUUCCAAUAUUUAUAAAAAAAGAUAUAGGAAAUUGUGGGAUAGGAGUUUUUAUUGGAUUAUUCGGAUGUAGAAUAAUUGAUGAACUUUUUUGGAGGACAUAGUUAUGAAGAAUUCAAACACUCGUUAGAAUGCAGUAGGGUAUUGGAGAGAAAGCAACCCAUCAAUAUGAAUGUUUUGAAGAUGCUAUUCAUAAAAUUGAUAUUGUUAUUGUAAUUAAGUAGAUAUUUGAAAUAAUAAUACAAAAAGAAGGCUUUGAUAUAGAACAAGGACUUGUUGAAUGAAUUCGGGGAGUUUUCUUAGUCAAAUAUUUUGUUGAUGGCAAGAAAGGCCAAGGUGGAAUUAAGCUUGGAAGAAGUGAAUGGGUUUUUUAAAGGUCAGGAGGUUUUGGAAGUUAGGAAUGUUAUGAGUUUUUUGAAAUGA